AUGGAUUUCACUUUCUUCGCCAUAGUUUUGUUACUUGCACAAGGGGCAACAGCAGAUGUUGAAAGGACCAGGGGGGGCGUUAUAGGGGCGAUAGUAGAUAACAGCUCUCGCUUCGGCAAGGAGCAGAAACUGGCGAUGGAGAUGGCGACCGAGGAUGUUUAUUACGACAAGACAGGCCAAAGUUGUGGUUUGCACAUGAACACUUCUCAAAGGGAACCUUAUCAAACAGUUGUUGCAGCUUGUGAUCAUGUUGAACAACUCCAUAUGCUGUUCCACCACAUAAAAUCAGUUGGGAGAGAAGAAGAGAGAGAAUUGGGGAUUAUUAACCCAGGAGUUAUUAAGUUCGGUAGCAGAAAGUAUUACAGAUAUAUUGGUUCUCUUACAGUUCCUCCAUGCACUGAGGGCGUCAUUUGGACAAUAGUCAAGAAGGUGAGGACGGUUUCAAGGGAGCAAGUGCAUGCCUUAAGGGAAGCCGUUCAUGAUGGAUUUGAAGAAAAUGCAAGGCCAACUCAACAGUCAGGUGGAAUAGGAGUUGAGUUUUAUACUCCAAGGGAGAAUGGAGGUUCUACUUAGGCUUCCAUAAUUUGA